AUGGCCAACUUAGAUACCGGCAUUGAACUCUUUACGACCGUGGGAGCUGAAUAUGAUAUCGAGAACUGCGAGCCUCGCAUAUUUGGUCCUGACAAAGCUUGGCAAUUUCGUAUAUUAUAUCUUUGUAAUGAUGACGCAGUUCUCUAUAACCCUGUUACCGUUUUACAGUAUCUGCGAGCAUUAAAAACACAUUCUCAGUACAAAGGAAUCAGGAGGAAGUGCAUUGGAUUAGUGGGCAUUUGUCGAGUCAUCCAAGGUUCGGCAGUCAAGCGAUGGUGCUCUUCCCCCAUGGCUAUGGAAGUCGGUUACCGAGGACCCUUAAGAGGUGCUAUCGGUCCAACGAACGCAAUGUGUUGCUUCGAGAAAGGUUUCCGUCCUCUAGAUAGAACUGGGAUUUUCGAAUUAGCCUUCACAGUGGAGAAAGAGAUUUGA